CUCAAGACAGCAUGACUUAAUCAUCAAAUGUGCUUUUUGUGGGGUAAUAGAAACUGUUGAACAUGUAAUAUUAAAAAUGUCGGAAAUAUAAUAUAGAGAGAAUUAAAAUGAUAAAGAACUUAAAAGGUAAUAAUAAAGAAAAAAAAAAGAAGAUAAAUUGGAAAUUAGGAAAAGGAUUAAAAGGUAUUAAUCAAAGAAUAGUAGUGAAACAUAUAGUAGAAACCGGAUUAAACGAAUUUCAUAGUUAAUGAAUUAAAUAAAGCAAAGGAAUAGGGGAACACACAAACUGGGUUUUUUUGGCAUGGGAGCUGAAUUCCGCUACGGUGCGGAAUACGCCCAAAAUUCCGAAGAAGAAGACUUGAUCAUCCAGUCCACUAGAUGGCAGCACUUACAACAUGUGGCCUUGACGGUUUACAAUAACGAAUAAACCGAACUGGGCUACUACUUCCUUAUCACGCUUUACGACAUAAUUUAAAAAUAAAAAAUACUUUCUAUCAAAAACAUAUUUGUUGACCAAAAGACAUGUCUGGAAUUCCGCCGGAUUCUUGGCAACCCCCCACAGUAUCGCUGGACACAACGAUGGGAACUAUCGUGCUAGAACUGUACUGGAAUCAUGCGCCAGAAACAUGCAAGAAUUUUGCAGAGUUGGGCAGAAGAGGAUAUUACAACAACACCAAGUUCCACCGCAUCAUCAAAGACUUCAUGGUUCAAGGAGGCGAUCCAACAGGGACAGGUCGUGGUGGUGCAUCUAUAUAUGGCAAGCAGUUUGAAGACGAAUUGCAUCCAGAGUUAAAAUUUACAGGUGCUGGAAUUCUCGCAAUGGCUAAUGCAGGGCCAGAUACAAACGGAAGCCAGUAUUUCCUCACGCUGGCUCCCACACAGUGGCUGGAUGGGAAACACACUAUAUUUGGACGGGUCUGCCAGGGCAUUGGAGUUCUUAAUCGUAUUGGCAUGGUUGAAACCAACAGUCAGGACCGCCCUAUGGAUGACAUAAAAAUUCUCAGAGUGAAUCUACCUAACUAAGACGUAUGCUUGCAUAACGUUUUAUGCCUUAUUUUUGUACAGUCCUUUUAUUACAUUAAACUUUCA